AUGAUUGUUGCUUUUUGCUCUCGCCUUGGCUGGAAUUAUCUCAAAUCUCUUCUAGAUGGAUUCGCGAUGCGAUUAUUUUUCGGAAUCCGAUCCGAGUUAUCAGAACUUGUGAAAAUCGAAGGAAUUGAUGCGAGUCGAGCACGAGUUUUGCAUGAAAAAGGAAUUUCGAGUUUGUCGAAUUUGGUGGCUUGCGAGGAAUCGAAGUUGGCACAUUUCUUGACACUUGCUGUGCCUUAUUGCAAGUCAGGAUUUUUGGGGAUUAUGAAUUGGGGGAGAAUUAGCUGACAAGUGGGAAAUUCAAAAUUUGAAAGAUUUUACUGUUUCAAAUAAUUUAUGAUUGGAAUUUUGAAUUUAAUUGUAAGAUUUAUUAAAACAGUUUUAAAAUUUCCAAUCAAAUGUUUUCUCACUUUUUCAUUUUCAUUUUUAUAUAUAUUUGUACAUUUUCCCCUUCUCUUCCCAAUUAAAUAUAGUCUUCGUUUAUUUUUAUUCUAACAACUAACAAAAAAGAGGAGGAGAAGAUGGGAUACGGUAGAAAAAGGACUCGAUAAUUGACUCAAUUUGUCACUUGUUCUUAUUCUUUUUCUAUUUUUGAUUAGACCCAUGAGGAAUUUGAAGAAGGGGAAUUUUCGACAAAAAUUAGGGGCUGGUUAGAACAUAAAUGGCUGAUAAAAUUUAUUCUAAAAGGCCAGGGAAAAUUAGGUUUCAAUAAAUUUUUAUAUCCAUUUUUAAAGCUGAAUUUUUGUUAUUUGAAAACCUGGUAACUCUUAUAAAAUAAAAAGAUGAUUGGUGAAUUUUAGUUCUAUUUUGCCGAAACGUUUAGCAAGAUAAAAGACUGAUAAAAUUCAACUGAAUAAAAAACAUUUAUUCAAUUUUUGGAACUGAUUUUCAAGUGCUUUGAAUUUUUUCCGUGAAAAAAUCCACAAAAUAAAUUUAAAAAGCAACCUCUCAAAAAACCUCUAAUUAUUUUGCAAAAUUUCAGGUCUGAUUCAAAUGAUGGAAAAGGCGAAUGGUUAUUCGGUGAACCCAGAAUUUCACUUUCAGAAGCCGCCAGAAUUCUGAAAUCCCGUGCAAAAGCUCAUAUUUUGGCACGAGUUCAAGAAUUGGGUCUGGGUUUGGAUGUUAAAUUGAAGUUUGAAGUCGACACCCAAAAUCAGGAAAUUUCGAAAAAAGAGGAAAUUGUCGAAAGUUGUGAUAGUGGAGUUGGAGAAAUUGUGAAAUUUGAAGAGGAAGAAGAAAAAAUGGAGGAAUCUGAAAUUGUUGAGGAUUCAAUUUUGGACCAAUGCACUCAAAGUAUGACUGAAAUGUCGAUUUUUUCGGAUAAAGAAGAAGAUUCUGAUAAUGAAGAAGUAUUCCUGGAAUCUCUUGAUUCAUCACUUCAAAAAUUGGAGCCACCAAAAGAUCCGAAAUUUCGAAAAAGGCUAUCACAUGUAUUUCAAUACUCUCCAAAUAUUCGAAAAAUCGAAGAAGAUUCUUUUGAUCUACCAAUUCCUGGGGCAGUUCUUAUUGUGAAAGAAGAAGAAAAAAAUGAAUCGAUUUUAAGCGAGGAAAAGAGUUUUGAUGUGUUUUCGACUCCUCCGUCGGCUAGAAAAAAGAAAAAUGAGAAAAAGCAUGGGAGAAUUAAAUAUUUAACAAAUUCACCGAGUUAUAUUCCAAGCCCUCUUCAGAAAUGUGCAAAAACUGAAAUCGAGAGGAAAUUUGAGGGAAAUUGGAUGAGUCUGGCUGUGAAUUUUGAACAAUCUGAAGUCGCCAUUUAUUCAGAGGCUGGAAUUUUUGAUCUACCAAUUUCUGAAAUCAAAGGGUUUCUGGAAGAUGAGAAAAUUCAAAAAUAUAUAUAUCGCUUGGAAAUUUGUUAUGAGAUUUUGGAGAGAUUUGAGAUUCGCCUGAAAAAUGUGAAGAUUCUUAAUGUUCUCAUGCAUUACAAUAAUAAUUUAAUCGACGAGGAUUUAUCAAAAUGUAUUCCGGAGAAUCUGAAACCCCUUUCCAAUGCUAGCACAUUGGCACAAGAAGCAUACGCGAUUCCAAAAAUAUUUGAAAAUCUUCCCCAGAAUAUUUUGGAAUUUUCUUCAGCAAAUCUGAUAUGGAAAAUGCAUUUAAAAGGAAUUCCAAUUGAUCAAGAAAAUUUGACACGAUUUAUUAAAUUGGUGAAAAAAGAAUUGGAGAAUUUGGAAGAGAAAUGCUGGAAACUGGCAUUUGGAAAAUUUAAUAUUGAAUCGACGAAAAAUGUGCACAGUGUUCUGUUUAAUAAACUUGGUUUGAUUUAUCCGGAAGGUGAAAAACAUGGAACUGGAAAAGAUGUGUUGGAAGAGAUUUUGGGACAACAUGUGAUUGUUGAGAGGAUUUUGAAGUAUCGACAUUUAAAAUAUACAUUGAUGGUGGGGUUUUUUGGGGAGAGAGAGAGGGAUUUUUGAGAAAAAAAUGUUUCAAAAUAAAGUACAACGAAUUUUGGAAAACAAUUCCGAGUUUCUUUUUUUUUUUGAAAAGUUUAUUGGAGAAUAACUUUUUCGAAAAUAUGAUUCUGGAAUUUGCCAAAACAGUUUCUGAUGUAGAAUAAAAAAAAGGUGAAAUGAUUUGGAUAAAAACUCCAGAAGAUAUGCAUUUUAUUUCAACUCAAAACAUUUUUUCAUGAUUUUCCAAAAGUUUUUUUUCAGCAAUGUCUUCUUCCCCUCGAAACUGCUCUAAUUUCCUCAAAACUUCCCUAUCGAAUCCGAUGCAAAUAUGAUAUUCUAACACAAACUGGAAGAAUCAUCACAGCCUCUCCAAACAUUCAAAAUAUCCCGAAAAAAGAAUCAAUGCCUGGAAUAUUUAUCCGAAGUCUUAUUCGACCUCCCAAUGGAUUUUGCCUAAUUUCCGCUGAUUAUUCACAAUUAGAACUUCGAGUUUUGGCACAUUUGAGUGGCGAUCAAAAAUUGAUUGAAAUAAUCAAAAACGAUGAAAUUGAUAUAUUUGGAGAUUUGGCUGAAAAAUGGGGUUUUGAAAGAGAUCAAGUGAAACAAAUGAUAUAUGGACUGAUUUAUGGAAUGGGUACGGUUUUUGAAAAGGGAAAUGUGACAUUUUAUGGAAUUUUUCAGGAACUCGAAGCUUAGCUGAACUCAUCAAGUUGCCAUUGGAAAAAGCUGAAAUUUUAUACAAAAGCUUUUUUGAUAUGUUUCCAAGUUAGUUUAAUUUUUGAAAUGUAGACUUUCAAUUCAAUUUCAUAUCAUUUUCUCUACCAAAUGUUUUUUCAGAAGUUCGUACAUUCAUCAAUCAAACCAAAGAAGAUGCAUUCAAAAAUGGAUAUGUUGAGACAAUUUUGGGCCGAAAACGGAUAACUGCAAAAAAUCAAUUUGGCGAGGAAAAAUCGCGAGAAGAACGGGUUUUGGUGAAUUUUUGUAUUCAAGGAUCAGCCAGUGAGAUUUUCAAAUCUGCCAUUUUGAAAAUGAACGAGCGAUUUGAGCGGGAAGGUAAUGUUUGUAAAUUUUUAAUUCCAUAAUUUUUUAAAACAAUUUUUCAGACCUCAACGCUCAUAUUAUUUUGACAAUUCAUGACGAAGUUCUAGUCGAAUCGGAAAUUUCAGCGAAAAUGCGAGUUGCUGAAAUUAUUCAAGAAGCAAUGGAAAAUUCAAUGUCCGAUUUUUUACGGGUUCCGAUGAGGGUUAAAAUUAAAUCCGGGUUGAAUUGGGCACAAAUGAAAUGA